CUAAAACUUGCCACGUUCGAAAUUUACUUAGAAAGUAAGUCUUCUGAGUACCGUGAACAUAUCGUCACCUUCAAAACUCGAAGAGCUAAAGGUUUCAGAAAUCUAAGUUUCACGUACCCCCUCACAAACGUACAAUUUCCCCAAUAUUUGCCCAAAAGAUUGUUGAAAAUAUAUCUCAAGUAUUCGUUUGUUCAAUCAUAACAAUACCAAAAGUUUGAAGCAAAAUUUUCCCCCUUAUAUCUAAUAUGGAAGACGAAGACGAUAACUGGUCAUACUCAUUUCCACCAUCGACUGAAGAUCUCCCAUCCACGGUGUCGAAAAUCAGAGAUAUACGUGAUGCAUACCCUAUUGAAAUCAACAAUGGUCCGAUAAAAUUUCCGGCGAAAGAUUAUGAUGAAGUUCCGAUUAAAAGGAAUUUACGAUUGUUUGAAUCAUCGGGUGGUCAGUCCACUAGCCCUUCUGAGACAAAAAAUUCAGACCAUGAUUUAGACUUAAAUGCUGAGAUAUCCACCCAAAACCCACAUAGGGAUCAAACAUCAAGUCUCUUCGGUGUUCCUCAUUCAUCUGAAACUGCAUUACAAGAUUCGCUGAGAAUUACUAAGACCCAGCUGUCCAUUUUUAAUCCGGGAAACAAAUCAAGAAAUAACAAGCAACUGUCGCUCGUUCUACAACCAGCAUUUAUGCUGAAACUGGCCCCAGCAGAUCCUCAUACAACUCGGAAAGAUGCCAGUCUGAUAAUAUCAAAAGAAAAUGCCUCAAACGCAUUAGCUUUAGGAAGUGAACCUUCGCGUUCAAGCUCACCUUCAUCAUCCCCUGUUUCAAAAAGUGAGUUUGAAGACUCGAUGAAGAUUUGGCAACAAAAAAACAAUGAGGGAGACAUUCUACUAAAUAGUUCUGACCCGGGUUCUACAGGUGAGGUGAUAGACAGCAGUUCCCCAAAAAUCAUCACCUACAGAAAAACCACGCAUGUGAGAAAGACCAGCAACAAUUUGAGGGUCGCAAAUCAAGAUGAGAAGUUUGAUUCCAAACUCUAUGUGAGCGAGAAGUACAAAAACUCUUGCUAUCAUUAUGCUACCAUGAAAAGAAAUGUGGAGUUUCAUCAGCUAUUCAAAAGCAUUGAUUUGACUAAUCGCUUACUUGACGAUUUCGCAUGUGCGAUAAGUAGAGAAAUCCUCCUUCAAGGAAGACUUUAUAUAACAGAACACUGUCUCUGUUUUAAUUCAAACUUGUUGGGUUGGGUAACUAGUCUUGUUGUUCCUUUCUCAGAUAUAACUCGCAUAGACAAAAAAUCAACAGCGGGGCUUUUCCCAAAUGGUAUCAUCGUUGAGACCAAAAGUUCGAAGCAUACGUUUGCCAGUUUUCUCUCAAGAGACUCUACAUUUGAUUUUAUUAGAUCAAUCUGGCUGGGGUCUACUGGAAAAGACAUUUCAGAUCUAGACUUACAGCCUAUGGAAGCAUUCAGCUCUGAUACCAACAAUUUAUCAGAAAGGAGAAUUUCUGAUUACAUCAUGUCGAUCGAUGAGGGAGACGCCAUUGACGACAAGUGGAUGGGAGAUCAAUCUGAAGAUUCUGAAGCUGAGCAUUCUGAUCGUAACACGGACAACUUGGAAAGCGAUAUCGCUGAUAGAGCAUGCUCAAACGAAGCUACUGGAACUGUUCCAACAAGGCUCAGAGUUAUGAAGCCAAACUCUGCUUACAAGAAUCCAGGUCCAGAUUCUCACACUGCUACCAGGAUCACUGGUAAUUUCGAGGGGGCAGAUGAAGAAACUGAAAUUCUUAAACAGCUGAUUGAUGCUCCUCUAGGUGCAGUUUUUGAGAUUCUCUUUGGACAAGAAAAUACAAAGUUUCACAAACACUUAUUAGAAGAUCAGGGUGCUACCAAUUUAUCUAAUUAUGGGAAAUUUGAGCCAAUGACAACCGAUCCGUCCAAAGUGGAAAGAUCAUACACCUAUCAACGACCACUUGGGUAUUCGAUCGGGCCAAAAGCAACAAAAUGUUGUGUCAAAGAAAUCAUUGAAUACAAGAACUUGAGCGAUUCUGUGGUGGUGUUAUCAAUUACAGAUACCCCAGAUGUACCCUCAGGGGGCUCAUUUAGUGUGAUGACCAGAUAUUAUCUUACUUGGGGCGCACAAAAUUCAACAGAUCUCAAGAUUGCGUAUACUAUCAAAUGGAGCGGGCGGUCUUGGAUUAAAAGUAUGGUCGAAAAGCUGACGCAGUCGGCCCAGGUUUCUGUUUCAAAUAGGCUCAUCGAGUUAUUGAAAAUAGAAACCGAAAAUCAAACUCAGAUUGCAGAUGCGCCUUUGGCGCUUCCUUUGAAGCAAACAUUGACAUCAUCUUCGAAUGACUCUCUUCGGGUUCAAGAGGCCGAACCAUCAAUUAAAAAUGAGCACUUCACACAAGAACCCUCGAAAAACCAGAUCUAUUUCAUGUCUCUUUUGUUUUUCUUUAUCAUUAUUCUGCUUGCAUUCGUCAUAUUAGUAUGUUUGAAUCUCUUAGCUUCAAUAUCAGACAUUAAGGUGACUUUAGCCAAGCAGCUGGUAUUAUUGAAGAAUCUUCUGGACUAUGCUAUCAGGGGAGAAUGUGAACUCUUACUAAAUCUCAGUGACUCGAGUGUUAAAAAAUCCUAGUGUAAUUUACAGUUCCUACACAAACUAAGAACAUGACUCGUUUAAUUAGGCUUAGCGUCAAUAGAUUUUGUGAUAGAAAAGCGCUGUAACAUCAAAAACCUUUAUAUCAACUUUUCUUAUGCAGCAGUUAUAUAUUCACAUACAAUUCUGAGUUAACAAACUCGAAGUUUGUUCUCGACGUCUUCCUCGACACUCCUUUCAAUAAUGUUCAAAUUUUCAAUGGUAUGAACAACAAUUUGGUUGUUCUCUUCGUUCAACUCGAAGAUGAAGAUUCCCAGAAUGAUUCUUUCCAACUUGGCAUCAUCCUUUUUAACCCCGGCUAUUGAUUUUGCUAAGUCCACAAUAGAGCCCGUCAAUGUCCAAUUCUGUUUCAGAUGAUCCAAUAUUUGAACAGAAUCGAUGCUUGACCACCGAUGCGAUCCUAGCUUUGCAUUAGCUGUCGAGAAGUUCACUGUUCCUGUGGAUCGAGUCACGGCCCCGGUA